AUCCGCCGACGCUCCUGCGAGCAGAUCUGGCCUGUUCGCUUGAACACCACUGGUUUCACGCACAUUGUCCUCGGUUUCGCUGUUUUCGACCCAAAAAAUUUCACGGUUGGUAUGCAGCACCCUGAUGAUGGAGAAGUUUACAAACAGUUUCUCCGUCUACCGGAUAACGUUCGGAAAGGAUUGGCGAUCGGCGGCUGGGAAAUGUCCAACGAGGGACCGACACGCACUGCCUGGUCUGACAUGUCGAGUACCAAAUCCAACCGCAAGGCUUUCAUCGAUUCGCUCAAACAAUUUCUCAACACUUGGAAAUUCACUGGUAUUGAGAUCCAUUGGGAGUGGCCUGGUGCGUCGAAUCGCGGUGGUAAACCAGCCGAUGCUCAAAACCAAGUCGACUUGAUUCACGAGCUGCGUGAAUAUCUGGGAAAGGAUUUCAUCAUUUCUGUUGUUCUUCCGGCUCAAAGCGUGUACCUCGAGAAUAUGGCCCCGUUGAAGAUGCAAAGUGUUGUCGAUUGGUUCACCGUCUUGACUUACGACCUUCAUGGGUCUUGGGAUGCCUUCAUCAACGGUUUAGGACCCAAGAUCAAGCCACACACUGAUCUUGCCGAGAUAGAUUCCGCUCUGAACCUGCUCUCCUCCGCCAGUCUCGACCCUGCCAAAAUCAACAUGGGCCUCGCGAAUUACGGACGUGGCUUUACGGUUGCCAACCAGACCUGCAAGUACUAUGGCUGUGAGUUCACCGGCCCAAGCAAAGCUGGUAGCUGUACCAGGGAAGAUGGUCUUCUCAGUGCUUGUGAGAUUUCAAGGAUCAUACGUGAGAAGAACUUGACCCCUCAGGUCAUCUACGGUGGUGCCGGUGUCAAGGAGAUCUCCUGGGACGAUCAGUGGAUUGGAUAUGACGACCACGAUACACUCGCGAUGAAGCUGACACUGGCAAACAAGCGCUGUCUUGGGGGUACCUCUCUUUGGGCCAUUGAGCACGAUUACUGCGAUGGUGGUGGUGUCGGCGGGCCACAAGCACCACAGAGUUCAGUUCAACCUGGUCUGCCGCCUUCCACCCUGUCUCCUGCUCCUCCCUCUGCUCCAUCAUCUGUACAGCCGGGCUUGCCGUCUUCUAAUGCACCAGGUUCAUCCACUCAACUUGCUCCACCUAGCAUUCAGUCAUCUCUUCAGCCUGACCUGCCGUCUUCUGCACCGUCUCCUGUUCAGCCUGGGCUACCGUCUUCUGUUCAGCCCGGCCACUCGUCCUCUCCUGUACCAGGUUCAUCCUCUAAGUCUUUUCUGGCACCCUCUGCUUCAUCUUUCAUUCAGACGGGCCUCCCUUCCUCUGCUUCGCCUGGCUUCCCAUCUUCUGUCCAACCCGGUUUAUCAUCUUCUGCUUCGUCUGGUACUCCGUCUCCCGUUCAGCCUGGCAUCCCGUCUUCCGCUCCACCUGGUUCAUCAGCUUCACCUGGCCUUCCGUCGUCUGCUCCAACAGCAUCUGCAAAUCCUGCCCCGUCUUCAAUACCAUCAUCGAGUGCCUCCACCCAGGGUACAAUUGCGCCCCAACCAUCUAACAGCUCGAUUGGUCAGAAUUCUCCUUCUGUUGUGCCCUCUGGGUCUGAACACCCUUCAUCGCGAGGAUCUCCCACCCCAUCUUCCGCUAUUUGGAGCAGCCAACCAGUAUCUGGAUCCACAUUGAGCCAUUCUGAUGUCUCUUCGUCAGUGCAGAUACCAGUGCCAACAUCUCUGUCGCCAUCGCCAUCGCCAGCUCCAGCUCCAUCUUCAGCUCCAGCCCCAUUACCUAUUAUCACUUCAGUGGCCAGCAUAUCGGCCCCAAUUUCUUCGCGUUCUGGCUCAUCUGCUGCUGGGUCUUCUCCUAUUUGGUCGGGUAGCUCUGCUGGGUCUUCCAUCUCAACCAUCACCCCUGUCGUUUCCUCCACCACGGCCAUCGUUCCUCCCGGUUCCUCUGAUUCUGGCUCUUCUGUUGUUUGGUCAGGUAGCUCUACAAGAACUUCUGCCACGGCAAUCGUUCCCGUCGUUCCCACCCUUCCAAGUGGACCUACUUCUUCAACAACGCCCAUCACUCAAGUCGGAUCAUCUUCAGUUGCGGGUAGUUCGCGGGCGGGUUUCCCAAGUGGUUCGAGCCAUGCUUCAUCCUGGAUCCCGCCUCCUUUUGGCAGUUCGGCAGCACAGUCGCCUCCCCACAGCGGCUCGAGCCUGGUCAUCUCCUCUUCGCCUCCAGGAAGCUCACCAAUGCAGUCUUCCGGUGGCAAGACAGCCACUCGUCCUCCGACUUCCGCUCAGGGUAGCAAUACCCCGACUGGUAUCAUUGUCCCAUCCAAAGCCAGUACUGCUCCGCCAGUUGUUAUCGUCAGUUCCACUUCCAGUCCUGCAAAGCCGUCGCCUACUGCUACAGGAUGUCCCAAUGAGUGCCGGAACUUGGAUUGGUACAGUGAUCCAGACUGUAAGCCAAACAACUGCGUUGCGGAAUGUGCGGUAUGGCGUACUGUCACAUUUUUCAUGUUCAAGCGGCCCGUCUGCCCAUGUGUCCCCAAGAAGUGCGACAAGGAUGGUGAGAGCGACAGUCCCAGCGACAGUGACCGCGACGACCCCAAAGUGAAGCCUAAGCCCACAUCUCGUCCAAAGGAGAAAAACCCAAGGUGCAAGCUCUUCGGUUGUGGUUGUGGCUGGAUGGGCCUUUCUUUCGGACCCGGAUGCCCUGGACUGGAGAUCGAAAUCACUUCUCCGUGCGGUCUUUUCGGCUGUAACCCUUGCGUUUUCUUCGGGUGCCCUGGCACACAACCAUCAGGCAUUAUCGGUUACGAUGGGUACUGUCCAGGAGGAGGAUGCGAGCCUUGUCCCCCAGAAAUCUGCAGUCGCCCUGGCUGCACAAUCUCUGGUGGCUGUGGACCCAAGCCUGGACCAGCACCGACCAAGCCACCGAAUCGUCCUGACCCGGAUGACUGCGAUGACAGCAAGAGGACAGUCAUCACUGAACGCUUCGUAUGGUGCACUGAGGGAUUCAAUGUUUCUGCCCUUCCAUCAAGUCUUCGAGGAACUUCCUCGACCAUGGUUUCUUCGCUCUGCUUGCCAAUGAUCGAUGCCACAGUGACUAUGUGCGGUGGUGCAAUGCCUGGGUUCGACACGACAACGACACAGACAGGUACCAAAACGGUCAGUUCAAAUGGUCCUGCCUGCAUUCGAGCUCCAUUGUCUUUGGAUGACGACGAGGGUGACAACAGCCCGAACGAUCCAUUUCACACGUCCAAAACCUUCGCUAGCAACACGACUAGCAUGAUUCCAUCCAAGACUUCGUUUACACCGCCCAAAGCAACCAAGAUCUCGCUCGCGCCACCUAGCCCUAGUCAUGGCCCCAUGGACAAGUUCGGACACUGGAAGGUGAAAAUCAAUCAGUACAUGUUCAACGACUACUCCGAGGUCAACUGGAAGCUUUAUGACCCCAACGGCAACCACGCUGGUGAGCACAACGUCCACGGCAAAGGCAUGAAGGAGAUGAAGGACUAUAUUCAGUCUGUUAAUCGUCCAUUUGAGCACAUGAUGCCUUUCGGUGUUGACAUGACCGUCUCGAACCCUCACGACGUCAACAAGUGUGUUGUUAACCUCUCCAUCAAGAAGGAAAUGCCAGGCUGCAAAAGCCUCCGUGGCGAGGCAUGCAGGCCAUACAUGACAACGGAGACUUUCACUGAAGACCAAUUUUUCAUGGUCUCAGUGUGUGAUUUCGAAUGUGGAUGGCUGAAUCUCAAGUCACUUCUGGAGCCGUCGGAUUUGUGGUGCCAGGACUUGAACGAUGCAGACUGGGAACCGAUGGCCAAUGGGUGGAAGAGGGUCUUCGAGUGUGGUUGGAAGGGGUUCUGA